CAUGAGGUCAAGUAUGGCUCCGGAAGUGGGCAGCAGUCAGUGACAGGAGUUGAAGCUUCAGACGAUGCCAACAGUUACUGGCGGAUCCGUGGGAAGAGUGAUGGCAGUUGCCAGCGUGGUACACCGGUGAAAUGUGGGCAAGCAAUACGACUGACCCACGUUAACACAGGGAAAAACCUGCACACUCAUCACUUCCCAUCACCACUGUCCAAUAACCAAGAAGUAAGUGCCUUUGGUGAUGAUGGCGAAGGAGAUGACCUGGAUAUCUGGAUUGUACAGUGCAGUGGGACUUACUGGGAGCGGGAUGACGCUGUGCGCUUCAAGCACGUGGGGACCGAGGUGUUCCUGUCGAUAACAGGAGAACAGUACGGCCACCCCAUUAGAGGCCAGCGGGAAGUCCAUGGCAUGCCUGCUGCUAAUCAUCACAACUAUUGGAAAGCAAUGGAGGGAGUCUUCAUCAAACCCAGUAUGGACCCUGCAAAACAUGAUGAGCUCUGAAUUGACAGAGGAUCCAAAAAGCUUUAGCUGACUCCAGAGUUCAGAGAUGCUAAUCCUUGGUCUCUUUUAAGUCUCGCCUUGCCUGGGUGACUGACUUUCUGUGUUACUGAAGGGCAUUAGUUCAUUCUAGAAAUGCAGCACUUCUGUGGGGAAUGGCUUCUGCCAGGUUCAGCCACUGACAUUUAUUUAGUGAAAUCCUUUCUGAAUUUUCAAGCUUAUUGGUGGAACUAGUUCAUACAUCUGUUAGUUUUUGUUGUUGUUUGUUUGCUUGUUACUUUUUCUCAAAUUCGAAGGAAAUGGAAAAAUAGAAGUAAUACAUUACUGUAGUCCCAAGUACAAUAGAACUUUGUAUUUUGUAAUCUUUUUCCAACUAUAAUUAAAUAUUUGGAAACCGAUUUCUACUUCUUAGUGAAAGAAUGUCAUUGAUGAGGAGAUGGAUUGAGUCUAGAAAGGGAAAAAUGGUUCUCAAAAUGGUGUUUUUUGAAUGGCUUGAAGUCAGUUAUCAAGCCUUUGAGUAAACGAAAGUAUCCAUUUGAAAAUAGCUUCCAAUGUGCUUCCUGAGUUUCGUUCUGUACUGUAUUGGAAGAGUUGAAAAUAUUGUGUAUGUUGGAACAAGAAGAGAAAAUUUUAAUAUAUUUACUUUGUCCAAGAAGUUCAGAUGAUCUGGUAAUGGUGGUACUGCUAAUUGUCCGUUGGUAAGGCUGAUCUGCUCUAUGAACUGGUGCAGAAAGCUGCUUGUCUAAUUAAUAUUAGAAUUUUAUAAAAUUCCUUAUGCUGCGAAGGAACACUUGAAUUUGGCUUAUGUUGUACUUCAGUGUCACUCUGGAAGAUCAGUAUGACAAUUCAGAUGAAUAAAUAGUGUGGCAUAUACCCA